AUGAUUGGCUACAUUGCUAAAGAUGGCUCUGGCAGUUCAUUGAAGAUAUCGUUGCCACCAACAGAGCCUGUAGAGCUAACCACAGCAUCCCCCAAGGACCAGCCCAAGGGCAGGCGGCCAUUGCAGACCAUCAUUAGCACUCAUGAUUUCGAGGAAGCUGCGUCGGAGAACCUCUCUGCAAAAGCCUGGGCUUUCUUCUCCUCGGCUGCGACUGACUGUAUUACAAAACGAGCAAACGAGGCCUACUUCGAUCGAAUAUGGCUCCGCCCUCGAAUCAUGAAAGAUGUCAAGGAGAUUCGCUACGACACCAAGAUGCUCGGGGUCUCCAUUCCUAUGCCUCUAUUUGCGAGCCCAACAGCAAUGGCGAAGCUCACACACCAGGAUGGAGAACUGGCGAUUGCAAAGGGUUGCUCUAAAUUUGGCAUUCCUCAGACGGUAUGACCACGAACAUGCUCAACAGAUACUAGAGAUGCAUCAGAGUCUGACCUGAUUGCCUAGAUAUCCACCAAUGCCUCGUUUCCCAUGGCCGAAAUCACCUCCUCCGUCGACAACACCUUCUUCUUCCAAUUAUACGUCAACAAAGACCGCACCGCGUCGGAGAAGCUCCUGCGACAAGCCGAAGCCUGCGGGAUGCGCGCCGUCUUCUUGACUGUGGACCAGCCAACCCCGGGAAAACGCGAAGCAGAUGAGCGCGUCAAAGCAGAAGGGACGGUCCUCGCGCCCACGCCGAACGGGGCGACAGCGAGCAACGACAAGAAAGGAAGCAGUCUCGGUCGCACCAUGGCUGGUUUCAUCGACCCGACACUCAAUUGGGAAGAUAUCAAAUGGAUACGCAAAUCAACAAAACUACCUCUUGUGCUGAAAGGGGUACAGACCGCCGAGGACGUCAUUCUUGCUGUCAAGUACGGCAUAGAUGGCGUGUUGCUGGGCAAUCACGGGGGCCGGAGCCUGGACACAUCUCCGCCCUCGAUCAUGAUUCUCCUGGAGCUGCAUCAAACAUGCCCCGACGUGUUCAACCACAUCGAGAUCUUCUUGGACGGCGGCAUCCGUCGGGGGACGGACAUGUUCAAGGCACUCUGCUUGGGUGCGCGUGCUGUGGGCAUGGGACGCCAUUUUCUCUACGCCGCCAAUUACGGGUCGGAAGGGGUUGAACAACUGAUCGAGAGUAUGUCACACCUGAGACUUGGCAGGAAAUCAUUCGCUAACCAGAUGAGCAGUCAUGCAGGAUGAAUUCGAAACGACGAUGCGCAUGAUGGGUUGCACCGACCUCUCGCAACUGCACCCCGGGCUGUUGAAUCUGUGCGACGUAGAACAUUGGGGCAACGGCUUGCGGCCGGUAUCUAAGUCGAAGCUCUGA